AUGGAGCUGCGAUUGAGGUUGAAUACGAAUGUAGGAGGUGGCGGUGAUGGCUCUGUGGGGGCGGCGAUGGAUGAAGAAUCAGACCUUAAAAAAAAUCAAUGCUUAUUCGCCGAGGCCAGCAAGAAGGCCGAUUCUAUCAAGAUUGAAGCAUUGAAGCGUGCUGACCAGAUCAAGGCUCUCGCUGGUGAGAUCCCCCUCCCCAUCGGUUCCUCAGAUGGAUCUGGAUCCUCUGUUGCACCUGAUCUGCAGGCGGAUCUUGAGCGCUUUGGUGUUACGGAUGAGCUCAGGGAGUUCGUUAAGGGUAUCACUCUCAGCACGUUUCGUGAUUUCCCAAUGGAAGAUGAACCUGAGAUGCAAGAAGUCCCAACUUUGUCAAACGUCCGGCAAGAUCUUAGUGAAUGGCAAGCUAGACAUGCUACUCUGGUUUUGUCCACUGUUAAGGAGAUAUCAAAGUUCAGAUAUGAGUUAUGUCCUAGAUAUAUGAAAGAACGAAAAUUUUGGCGAAUAUACUUCAUUCUUGUGAGCAAUUAUGUGGCGCCUUAUGAGAAGCAGUAUGCAGAGGAGGUGACCAUGAAAGCAAAUGAACAAAGUUCAAGUGAUAGACUAAGGGAAGCCUCCACUGCUACACCUGUUUCUAAGGAUGAAGUGAAGGAAACUAAGUCAGAACCUAAGGGAUCAUCAUCAAAAAUAGAACAGGAUUUGGACGUUUUUCUUUUGGGUGACCUUGGAAGUGAGGAUGAUGGCCCAGAUGGAGGUGAUGAUGGAUUUGAUGAUGAUUUUGAUAAGAAUGGAAAGAUGGGGUUGGAAAGCGAUGAAGAUGGUGAAGGUGAGAAGAAAUCUUGAAAGGUCUGUCUAUUGCUGGGGUUUUUUCACAUGGUUUUGUUUUUGUUUUUAGAGUGAUAAACAAAUCUGUUUGUAUUUUUUGCACUAGUCAGACUCUCAGAUGGUGGGGGACCUACUAUCCACUGUAAGUGUCAUUCUAUCUAAUUGUUUUGUAUUUAAAUGAAACCUAAAUGACCUUUUACUGCACAAGAAAUUCAGUGAAUUUCAAAUUUGAAAAAUAUGCUGCAUUUUUUUUUUUACAGUUCAUUUGUUCAAGGUCAGAUAAGUUUGUUUUAUUCUAUUGAAUCUGUGAAGGAACUGUUAGUCUUGUUCUUUUUGUUGUGUUAUUUGGAUCAAGAUUUAAGCAUUUCAAGAGACCGUUAUCA